AUGAUUCACGUGUUCUUUCAUUCAGGGGCCAAUGUCUCGGGACGGUGGUAUUUGUACAUGGACACACGUAACACGGACGUCAGAGACAACACAUUCGGGGAUUUUGAUGUUCUUGGGAAUGGAAAACUAGUGAACAAUCUCUAUCGUUGGUUUCCAGAUCUAGAAGAGUGUCGUACUACAGCAUUGUCAUUUAACCCCGUCAGUUCUGAUCCAGAGACUGCUGUGAAGUUCAAAGUCACCCGGAUGUCCACAAAGGAGGAACUUGGAACACAGACUUUUCUUUACAUCAAUGAUCAUCCGACCGAGGGCUUUGUGAUCAUGCACCAAGAGACACAACUGGACACGUACCUCAUCACCACCAGACAGAGGGAUCCCUCUAAUCUAGACGACGAAAUUAAGGCCGCUUUAUUGGAGCUUAAAUUGGAUCCUCAAAACUUCAGAGUGAAAUCCACAAAUUACGGUAAGAAACGGAUUUCAUUUAAAUGA